AACACAGCCAGAAAAAUGUCCUCGAACCCGCUCCCCGGCAAGCCCCUGCCCAAAUCCCCAUUCAGGAAGAGAGGCAGCCUGCAAAUCGGUGCGAGUCCUGACCUCCGUGGUAUCCGACAUCCCCUGACCUCCCAGCGUUCCUUCCCUGGGACCCCUGUUUCCCUAAAACCACUCCCCAUGGAACUGCGUGCCUCCAUGGAUGAGAUGUACAAGGAGAUCGCUGAGGAGCUGUUUUCACGCAGCCUGGUGGACGGUGAGAUGGGGAGCACUCCCUAUGAGUUCCCGGAAGAAAGCCCCAUCGAGCAGCUGGAGGAACGGCGCAACCGCCUGGAAAGACAGAUUAGCCAGGACUUCAAAUUCCUGAAGGAUCGGAGCAAAGUGACCCCAGAGCACUCCCCAAAAGAGAGAGAGCUGAUUUUGGAGAGGGAGUAUCAGCGCGUCAAUAUCUCGGGGGAGGAGAAGUGUGGGGUGCCUUUCACUGACCUGCUGGAUGCUGCAAAGUGUGUGGUGAAGGCUCUGUUCAUCCGAGAGAAGUACAUGGCUCUGUCCAUGCAGAGCUUCAGCAAGACCGCCUCCCGGUACCUGCGGCAGCUGGGCGAGACACCCGCCGAGCUCUGCGUCUACAAGGACAUCCCAGAAACCCCCAUUGCUGCAGAUGCUUCCGUGCACCCCCCUGUUUCGGAACGACAUCCCUAUGAGGACCAGAAUCCUGAGAACAUGCCCCCUCCCUUAGACUGCAGCUGCAAGAUGGUGGAUGGUGUGAUUCAUGUCUACAGCAGGAGCGGCCCUAUGCAAAAGAGCACUGAGUUGGACCUGCCUUACCCUGACCUACGGGAGUACAUCGCUGACAUGAAUGUCAUGAUGGCCCUCAUCAUUAACGGACCAGUGAAGUCGUUUUGUUACCGUCGGCUGCAGUACCUGAGCUCCAGGUUUCAGAUGCACGUCCUGCUGAACGAGAUGAAGGAGCUGGCAGCACAGAAGAAGGUCCCCCACAGAGACUUCUACAACAUCCGCAAGGUGGACACACACAUCCACGCCUCCUCCUGCAUGAACCAAAAGCACCUGCUGCGCUUCAUUAAGAGGGCCAUGAAGAAGAACUCUGGAGAGAUCGUGCACCUGGAGAACGGCAAGGGCCAGACACUCAUGGAGGUCUUCGAGAGCAUGAACCUCACGGCCUUUGACCUGAGCGUGGACACUCUGGACAUGCAUGCUGACCGCAACACAUUCCACCGCUUUGACAAAUUCAAUGCCAAAUACAACCCCAUUGGGGAGUCCAUCCUCCGUGAAAUCUUUAUCAAGACAGACAACCACAUUGACGGGAAGUACUUUGGUGACAUCAUCAAGGAGGUAAUGGCAGACCUGGAGGAGAGUAAAUACCAGAAUGUGGAGCUCCGUCUCUCCAUCUAUGGCCGCUCCCGGGAUGAGUGGGACAGGCUUGCCCAGUGGGCGGUGCAGCACAGACUGUAUUCCCCCAACGUGCGCUGGCUCCUCCAGGUGCCCCGCCUCUUUGAUGUCUAUCACACCAAGAAGCAGCUAGCUAACUUCCAGGAGAUGUUGGAGAACAUUUUCCUGCCACUAUUUGAGGUCACCAUUAGCCCUCGCGACCAUCCAGAGCUGCACCUCUUCCUUCAGCAUGUGGUGGGCUUUGACAGUGUGGAUGAUGAGUCCAAGCCUGAACAUCACAUCUUUAAUCUAGACAGCCCUCUGCCAGCCAGCUGGAGCGAGGAAGACAACCCACCAUAUGCCUACUACCUGUACUACAUGUACGCCAACAUGGCCGUGCUCAACCACCUGCGCAGGAGGCGGGGCUUUCACACACUUGUGCUCCGCCCUCACUGUGGGGAGGCGGGGCCUAUCCAUCACCUUGUGUCUGGCUUCAUGCUGUCAGAGAGCAUAUCCCAUGGGCUACUGCUGCGGAAGGCACCUGUGCUGCAGUAUCUGUACUACCUGGCCCAGGUUGGCAUCGCCAUGUCACCCCUCAGCAACAACAGCCUGUUCCUUAGUUACCAUCGCAACCCCCUCCCAGAGUAUCUAUCUCGUGGUCUCAUGGUAUCUCUGUCCACAGAUGACCCCCUGCAGUUCCACUUCACUAAGGAGCCCUUGAUGGAGGAAUACAGCAUUGCCGCUCAGGUGUGGAAGCUCAGCUCCUGUGACAUGUGUGAGCUGGCCAGGAACAGCGUGCUGAUGAGUGGCUUCUCCCAUAAGACCAAGAGUCACUGGCUGGGGCCUGACUACAAUAAAGAAGGACAGGAGGGCAAUGACAUUCGCCGCACCAACGUGCCAGACAUCCGCGUGGGCUAUCGCUUUGAGACCAUGUGCGAGGAGCUCAACCUGAUCACCCAUGCAGUUCGCACGGAAGAGCUGCAGAGCAUCAGGGAGGAGGACUCCAUCUUCCAUCUCCAUGGUACUAUCCCUGGAGGGCAAUGAGCAGACCCCCCCCCAGGAAAGUGAGGCGUCCUUGUCUACUCAUUAUAUUCCUACCCAGCGGAGUGAGGGGUCCCUGUCUAUCUCCUCACCUAGCUGCUAGUUAUUAUCCCUGUCUGAA